AAGUAACUUUGCGUGUUCAAUAUCACCCUUGUUUUUAAAGAAUAUACAUAUAAUUAGCUGCUUAUUUUGUGUAUUAUAGUCCGGUGGCACAUUACUGUUAUCAGAAAGCCUUUGGAAAUAAAUUUUCACCAUGAGUUAUGCGAGAAUAGGAUCCCACUUUGGGGUAAUACAACCCCUUUUCACAGAUUAUUACGAACUGACAAUGUCAUAUGGCUAUUGGAAAGCAGGAAAAACUAAUGAUCUAGCAACAUUUGAAUUAUUUUUUCGCAAAAAUCCAUUCAAUGGAGAAUUUACCAUGUUUGCUGGUCUUCGAGAUUGUGUCGACUAUUUAAGUUCAUUUAAAUUCACUAAAGAAGAUAUUGACUAUUUGAAAACAAUUAUGCCGUCAACUGUAGAGCCUGAUUUCUUUGACUAUUUACUGAAUAUUGAUGCGAGUGAAUUAUCCUUAUGGUCAGUUGAAGAAUGCUCUGUAGUAUUUCCAAAAGUGCCUAUUAUGCGUAUUGAAGGACCUAUAAUAUUAUGCCAAAUUGUUGAAUCAACAAUAUUAAAUUUAGUGAAUUAUGCCAGUUUAAUAGCAACAAAUGCUGCACGUUUUCGCCUAGCUUGUGGUCCAAAUAAAAAACUCUAUGAAUUUGGUUUACGUCGAGCUCAAGGACCAGACGGAGCACUUUCUGCUUCAAGAUACGCAUAUUUAGGAGGUUGUGAUGGAACAAGCAAUGUUUUAGCUGGAAAAAUUUAUGGUAUUCCAGUAGUUGGAACACAUGCACAUUCAUUCAUUUCAGCUUUUCAAGGAAGUUGUAUGCAUGAAGAAGGGAUUAAAGAAUCAGAAAAGUUGAUCGGAAAGGCAAACGGCUUAGAUAGUUCGCAUAGCGACCUCCAAAAUUCUACUGAUAGACCAAUGAAACUGACAGAGUUUUUAAAACGUUGUUGGCAUUGGUCAGUCACUUUAUCUCAUCUAUUGAAAUAUCAAUCAGAUCAAGUACAUCCAGGCGAAUUGACUGCAUUUGCUAAUUUUGCUAUUGCAUUCCCUACAAAAUUUAUUGGUCUACUUGACACAUAUAAUGUAAUCAAGUCAGGUUUACCAAAUUUCUGUGCAGUUGCAUUAGCCCUUCAUGAAUAUGGUUAUCAGGCUAUCGGUGUACGUAUUGACAGUGGUGAUUUGCCAUAUUUGUCGUUAGAGACUCGUAAAGCUUUUACACUAAUUAGUUCAUAUUACAAGUUGCCGUGGUUUGCACAGUUACAAAUACUUGUUAGCAAUGAUUUAAAUGAAGAUACUUUGCAUUCUAUAAAUCAACAAGAUCAUUCUAUCGAUGCAUAUUGUGUUGGAACACAUUUAGUCACGUGUCAAAAACAACCAGCUUUAGGAUGUGUUUACAAACUUGUUGAAAUCAAUGGAACUCCGACGAUGAAACUCAGUGCAGAUUUUGAAAAACAAACUUUGCCUGGAAAGAAAACUGUGUAUCGUUUGUAUAGCAAGCAAGGAGAAGCUUUACUGGAUUUGAUGAAAACAUCUCAUGAAAAAGCUCCAAAAGCGAAUGAACGUAUUCUAUGCAGACAUCCAAAUCAAGCAUCUAAACGUGUAUUUGUUGUACCUGGAAGAGUUGAAGAAAUGCUUAAAUUGUAUUGGAGUUGUGGAAAAGUGGUUAGACAGUUGUUAACACUGAAUGAAGCCAAACAGCAUGGUGUACAUGAACUGGAUACUUUGAGAUCAGAUUAUAAGCGUAUUGUUACGCCAACAUCGUAUAAAGUCUCUGUUUCAGAUGAACUGUAUCAAUUUACUCAAGAAUUAUGGCUUAGUAUGACGCCUAUUGGUGAAAUUAGUUAAUAUUAUUUAUGUAAUUUAUUAUUUUACUAUUAAUUCACUCUUUUUUACUAUCAAAGUUGUACUAUAGUCUCUACUUUAUUCUUAAUGUAUAUUCUAUGAUUAAGCAAAUAGUAAUUAUUAAAAAAAAAGUAUUUACACAAUAUGAUUGAAUACUUUUGAAAGAUUUAUAGACGUAUAUUCCUAAAAACAUUUUCUCUUCUUGAUUUCUUCCUAAUAAAUACUAUUUAUUG